AGCUGGUGAGAGGCAGCUGUGAGCGGGACUCUUCAGUUCCCCGGCAGCGGGCAGUGUGUGAAGAGCAGGCCUCGUUGAAAACAGUCAAGAUGGAGGAAAUUGAAGACAACACCACUGUUCUUUCCACCCUCCGAUCUUUCAAUAAAUUCCUCUCUCAGCCCUUUGACGGUACCCCACCCAGCGCCAACACCUCCAACACAACCGAAGCCUCUUUACAGAUGCAGUUUCAGCAGAGAUUUCUGCUGGAGGACCAGGCUGCACAGAUCCGCUCUAAGUCGCAUCUUAUUCAGGUGGAGAGGGAAAAGAUUCAGAUGGAGCUGAGCCACAAGCGGGCUCGUAUCGAGCUAGAAAAGGACGCCAGUGCAAAUGCCCGGAACUACGAGCGGGAAGCAGACAAGAACCAAGAUCUUCUUACGCGCAUCAAAGCUUUAGAGGAGAAAGAAAUGGAAUUUCAAAGUAAACUCCAGGAGGAAUGUGAAAUGAACAAGUCCUAUAAGAAGACAAUCGAAUCACAGAGCAAGAAACUACUAGAAAAAGAGAACAAACUCGACGAGGCUAAUGAGGCUAUUAGUGUUCUAAAGGGAAAGGUGUCGGAAUUCCAAAUUAAAAUCAUGAAUCUAGAAAUGCAGCUAAAAAGCCAGGAGACGGAGAAGCAGGAACUGACCGAACAGUUGGAAAUUCAGCGCAAGAAGCUGCAGGAUGGCAGUCAGACGACACAGGCAUUGCAGGAACUCCAGGCGUUAAAUGCUGACUGUGAAAUAAAGAUAAAGACUUUGGAACAGAAACUGUCAUCUCAGGAGCAGGAUGCUGCAGUUGUGAAGAGCAUGAAAUCUGAUCUUGAAAAACUACCCAAAAUUGAGAGAGAACUACAGCAGCUGAGAGAAGAGAAUUCUUACCUCAGGGAAAUGAGAGAAAAUAACGCACUUCUGAAAGAAGAGGUGGAAUCGCUGCGUAGAACAGCCGAGCGCCACGAGAGGAUGAACGAAGAGCUGGUGGCUUUAGAGCUCGACAAGGAAAAAAUACUUAAGAAAUUAAAGAUUUGGGAAAACAUGGAGAAAACGACUGGUCUCGACAUCAAGACUCCUGAAGAUCUCUCCAGGCAGAUACUUGCCAUCCAGCAACGGGAGAUGAAGCUGAAAGAAGAGAACAUCAGCGUCACUAACAGGUUUGCCACUCAGAAGUCCCAUCCCUUGACCGGUCUUUAGUUUUUGACUUUGCUCUUGAACAGCACUUGAAGCGCACGCAGAACGUUACGUCCUCCGUUGGCAGCGUGUCAAGACCUGUGUCUCGAGCCCUAGGGCUGAGUGGCACAGUUGCUUAAACACUUCUCUUGACAUUUCAACGUCUUCCGAGCCCAUGAGAAUAGCAAAAAUAGUUUUUGGCAUUGCCGAUAGCUACAGUAAAGUGCACUCUAGUGCUCAUACGACUGAUAUUUUGCGUACUUGAGUCAUCUUCAGUGCUUAAGAAUGAGGGGAAAA